AUGCUCAAAGAUCUGAGUGAGAAUUACAGAACAUCCUGGCUCUUUCUCCACCAUCAAGGUGCACUCGUUCACUUCUCCUUCACAAUUUCUUCCCAGAAGACUUUCAGGAUCAAGAGGUUCCUGGCCAAGAAACAAAAGCUGAAUCGGCCCAUUCCCCAAUGGAUUCGGAUGAAAACUGGUAAUAAAAUCAGGUACAACUCAAAGAGGAGAUUUUGGAGAAGAACCAAACUGGGCCUAUGAGGAAUCACACAUGAGAGAUGACCCACAUAUUUAUACUGUAUCCAUGUUGCCUACACCCUUAAAUGAUUGAAAAGAUGCUACUGUCUGGACAGUCGGGGCAUUUUAAUUGGAAGAUUAAUGGACUUGUGAUUUUGCUCUGUUGAUUUUUCCCCCCUGAAAUAGUAGGUUGGUU